AUGCUGAACAUGUUCCCUAUCCACUUUCUGGGAUUUUUCGUGCUGUUCGCACCAAUCACUUUGGGGGACGUUUUCGUAGGAUGUUUCGAUCCGCGAAUUUUGCCGACUCCAGAAGGCUUAUCAUAUGAUAGUUACCUAGAGAGCUGUCAGGACAUCUGUCGUCCUAAUGGAACCGACUACUCGUAUUCUUACCCUGAUCCAGCGGAUCAAGGUGACUUUCCCACGCUCAGAAUAUGUCAAUGUGGAUUCGAUCGGCCCGAUGGUCAGUAUCUAAUUCCUACUAGUUUAUGUGACUAUCCCAACAUUCAAGUGUUUUAUCUUCCGUCACCAGGCGAUUGGUCGUUCUCCGGAUGUCUAUACCUUCCGGGUACACCCAGCACACAAGUCACUAGCCUUGUCCAAUGUCUAAAUCUGUGUAAUGGAUAUCCCAUCGCAUUUACUGUGUACGUGGAAAGCCAUAUCUUCUGCUCGUGCACACUCGCGAUACCAAAUCCGGAUGAUCUUCAAACCGUUUGCGGACUUGGCGAUUGGUUCGUAUAUUCCGAGACAGUUCUGCCGAGCGGUUUCGUGGCGAAGAAGAGGCUCGCCAAGGAUGGUGACCAGGGAUUAUGUCCAAAGGGUCUCACAGCCUGUAGAGCUGGUUUAGCUUUCUCAUCGGCAUUUGACUAUGAAUGUAUCAACACAGACGAAGAGCUAGAGUCAUGUGGUGGCUGUCUUUUUGGUCAAUUUCAUAAGGAAGAUACCGGAUCUCUCUUUCCGAGUGGGGUAGAUUGCACCCAGUUAACUGGCGCUAGAUCGGAUGGAGUGACAUGUCUGCAUGGUGAAUGCUCGAUCUUCGCUUGUGACGAUAACCAUUACCUAUAUGCGGGUGUUUGUGGUCCCAUUUAG